CCGCCCUCAGGAAGAGCAGCCGCCGCCAUGGAGGAAUAUCAGCCCCACCACGAAGAGAUUGGCUUCAAUGCUGAUGAAGCACACAAUAUUGUAAAAGAGUGUAUAGAUGCUAUAUUGGGCGGUGUGGAUUAUAAUCAGAAUAAUGUCAACCAAUGGACUGCAGCUAUAGUGGAACAAUCCUUAACACAUUUGGUAAAGUUAGGGAAGACGUAUAAAUAUAUAGUUACUUGUGCAGUGAUGCAGAAGAGUGGAUCUGGCUUACACACAGCCAGCUCGUGUUUUUGGGAUACCACAUCUGAUGGAACCUGUACUGUAAGAUGGGAGAAUCAAACUAUGAACUGUAUCGUCAAUGUUUUUGCCAUUGCUAUUAUCCUGUAACUAAAUGAAAAUAUUAUGCCAGCGCCUUUAACAUAAGUAACUAUCAAAAUGUUCUUGAAUAAAACUAUUCUUAGUAUUUUUAAUUAUCUUAUUUUUGCACUAGAAGCGAAAGUGUGCAAUUGACUUCAGAACAGUAAAAAUUGAACAUUGUAACUAACUAAUCUUAGAGCUCAAAGCAUACUUUAAUUAAACAUUUGCUUAGUUAGAAAAAUAUCAAAUCCAGAAAAAUAAGGCAUUAAAAUGUCUAAAUACUGUAUUUAUAUUUGCACCAGCCUUCCAUUAACACUUCGUAUCCAGGGUGAUGGGGGAAUUAAGUUCGGGAUAAUAAAGUUCUCUUGAGUUGGAAAAAUAGAAUUCUCUCUGCAUAAGUCUGUAUAAAUUAACCCAACUUCUUAGUUUAAUAAUCAUCAGUGCCUCAUUUGGUUAUACAUGCAAGAUACUAUAAGUAUUAUAUAUUUUUCUUUUUUUAUCAAGUACUAUUAUAUAGUAACUAGAAUGAACUUUUUAAAAGUAGUUAUUUAAUGAUUUGUUGCCUUUUAUUUCAAAAUUUCAAGUUAACAAUUGAACAAUAUUGGUGGAUUGAUUUCUCUAGCCCAGUAAAGUUCACCACAGAAUAAUAACGGAUAUACUGAUUCAAUAAUAAUUGUCUUUCAAAUCAUUCAUUCUAUGUUCAACAAAUAGUUGUUGAUUGCCCACUAUGUGUAGCAUCCUGUUUAGUUGCCACCUUGUUGGUGCCUUCCUCCCGGUUUGGAAACUGUAGCAUUUAUAAUUUGGGUUGUUAACAUGGGAAUAAAACUAUUUGGUCUGCAAUUUAGAGCAUAUAAGACAGUGGUAUUUAAUUAAUUUUAAGAGAAAAAUUAAGUGAGCAUAAGCCAUGCAAAAGUUCACUAAAUCAAGUUCUUACAGUAAGUAGAUUUUAUUUACCAUUGUGGACGUGACUAGAGAAGUAUUUAAAGAAAGGAUAAGUAUGCACAUUUAAUUUUGUUGUUAGUUUCAUAACUAGUAAGUUGUAUUUAUUGUUCUGAUUAUUAACUGGCAUUUGUAAGUCACCUAUAUGAUGUUUAAAAUAUAUAGAGUAAGUUAUAAAUGUAAAGUGUACAUUCAUUAGGUUAUGUAAUAACUCAGGGCUUAUGAAAUGUAGUAAAAUAUAUUGAGAAGUAAAGACUUUAAAUUAGUAUACACACAGCUGGGCUACCAAAUGCGAUGUCAAUCUGCUGUCUAAGCAAGAAAAUGAGGCUAUAAAUGCAAAUAGCCUGCAUAGACUGAUUAAAUCUAUAGAGUGAAGCUAAUACAUUGAAUUUUUGAAGAAAGGUUGAGUGACAAUAUAGUAAAUAUUAAUGGGGCAUAAGAUGGUGAUACUUGCAUGUUUGUAUUUUAGCUAUAUAACAAGGACAGUUUAAGAACUUAAGAUGAAUAUUAGAAGUUCAGUUUAAAUGCAGUAGUGUACCUCUUUUGGUACAUCAAAAUUUAUCUCAUAACUAUUACUUUGAUGCUGUUUUUCUUGCACUUGAAGAUUGUACUAGAGUGAUCAAAGUACUAGUGUAAUUGAGUGAUGUUAUUGAAUCUCAGUUUCUUAAAAAAUAGUCACAGAAACAUAUGCCUUGUGAAAUCAUGUUUUAAAGAACUUGCUUGAUACUGUUUCUGUAGCUAAAAGAUAAUAAAGAUUGUCUGCCUUA